AUGGUUCAUCCUUGCAUUCGAUGCUUCUUUGGGCCCGCCUCGAUACCCCACUGCUGCGUAACAUGGCCAGCAUGGAAGAGUUCGACGUCCACGCGAGUCAUGUACAUCACCAUCUUCACGGUGAUAUCCUUCAUGUGUUGCGUCAUGCUAUCGAAUGCCGUAGUCCAGUGGGCAGACCAGCAGUUCGAUCUGUGUUGGCCACUAAACUGCGGCUCGGAUGCUGGAUACCUCCUCGUAUACCGAACGAUGUUGUGCGUCGCGUUCUUCCAUCUCGUCAUGGCAGUCUUGACAAUAGGUGUCCAAAACUCCAGAGACAUCGUAUCGGGGGCACAGCAAGGGUUUUGGGCCUUCAAGAUCAUCAUCAUGUUCGGCAUGAUCAUGCUGUCGAUAAGGGUACACCUGCACCAAGGAGUUUUCAUCGGUAUUGUUAAAUACGCGGGGAUUUGGGGAGGUUUUGGUUUCAUGAUCUUCGCGUACCUUGUGAUGCUCGAGAGUGCUUAUAAAUACGAAGACUGCCUGGGACGAAACGGACGCAAUGUAAAAAUCAUCACCAUGGGCGCACUUGCUAUACUAUGCUCGGGCGGCAUAAUCUUGUCCCGAUUCGGAUACAGCGAAGCGGGAUCGACGCAGAGUUCGACGUCGACGGCCGCUUCGAAGUGCGUCGUCAAAGACUCGAUGAUGAAGUUGAACACGGCGCUCUAUUUGAUCGUGCUUGCUAUGACCCUAAUCUCAGGCUUCCCGGACGCGCACAGUAGACCCUGUCGCAACUUGCUGCCGGGGGCAGUAACGCUCAAUUUCCUCGCGUUUCUCACCCACCUUAUAUCGAGAAGCAAUAUUUGUGGCGAGUUCGGAAAGAACCAGUGGGAUGGACUCACAUUAAUCUUAGGACUGUAUCUCAGCUUCAGUACUCUACUCUACCUGCUUGUGAGACGCAACGACCAACACUCUCCAUGCUCAUCGUCGACCGGGGUUUUGGGUCGGUUCUAUCGUAGAAUCUACCUCAGAGGACCUCUCCACGUUCACUCGAAUGAUAUCGAUCAGAUCAAGUUCCGUAACUACGACGAGAUAUUCGAUGAAGUUGAUCAACUUCAAUACUCAUGGUGCGUCUUCCAUUUGGUGCUCUGCGGGGCGGCACUUUUCGUGAUGCUCACACUCACUAAUCUCUACUACCCCAAGAGGAGUACCAAGACAAGCCAGUACGAGUGGGCGAUGGGCGUCGACGACUCGACCCCUAGUCCGCCUUUCGCAGAUCCGCACGCAACACCGCUCUUAUGGAUGCACGUCGUUGCAUCAUGGGUUUGCGCAGUCCUGUACCUGUGGUCUCUUGUCGAAACGACCGUAAAACAGUCGAAGAUUGCGCAGUUUUCGGACAGCUACGCAGUCUGA